CAUUUAUUUGCAUUUUCAUUCGUACUAUAUUUACUUUACGUUUAAAAGCAGAUUUUGAGUAUAAAUUUUUAGCUGGGCCAUAUACAUACAAGAACAGACUUAAAAACGUAAGAUUGAGGCGUAAAUUGAAGAGGAAAAUUGAGUUAAACUAAUAGAAAACUACAAACUUUAUCAACUUUCCAUAAAGUUAAAAAGAUUAACUUUUAAAUUCAAAACCUGGGUUUUUUUAUUUCUUCCUGGAAGUAAUUUUAAAUAAAAAAGCAUGUUGAAUUUUAAUCUUUUAGUGAUUUUAUUUUUAUUAUUUGUUUUGAAAUUGAAAUCAAUAAUUUCUGCUCCGACUGAAGAUGAAGUGACCAGCUUGAACCGCCUUUCAUGGAAGCCGACCUUUCGCCAUUAUUCAGGAUAUCUAGAUGCUGGAAGCAAUAAAUUUUUGCACUACUGGUUUGUCGAGUCACAAAAUGACCCUUCAAAAGACCCAGUGGUGUUAUGGUUGAAUGGGGGUCCGGGCUGUAGCUCAUUAGAUGGCCUCCUAACUGAACAUGGGCCCUUUAUAUUGAAUAGUAACUUAAUGCUGGAGAAAAAUGAAUUUAGCUGGAAUUUGAUCGCCAAUGUUCUCUAUUUAGAAUCGCCAGCCGGCGUUGGUUUCUCAUACACUACUGAUAAGAAUUACACUACAUCUGACAAUGAGGUAGCCCUGCACAAUCAUCAGGCCUUGACAUUCUUUUUUACCAAAAAGUUUCCAGAAUAUUCUAAGAAUGAUUUCUACAUAACUGGGGAGAGUUAUGCUGGCAUAUACCUGCCUACGUUGGCUCUGAGGCUCAUUCCUGAUGCUUCCAUCAAUUUUAAGGGCAUGGCUGUUGGGAAUGGUUUAUUGAGUUAUGCACUGAAUUCAAAUUCGUUAGUCUAUUUCGCCUACGACCAUGGUCUCAUCGGGGAGGAGCUGUUCCUAACAUUAGUGCAAAAGUGUUGCAAGGGAGGCAAUAGUACACUUGGAAAUUGUAAUUUCAACACUAAACAAUGCAUUAGAUAUUUUUCCAUGGUCAUAGAAGUUGUAGAUGAACUGAAUGUCUACAAUCUCUAUGGCAAAUGCUUCCCUGCAUCAUCUUCGUCGUCGUCAUCACCUCCGUACUCCUCGAAUAAAAAAACUCGACCGCACGAGCAAAAUCUUAGAAAAGAUUUCAUAUACAAUAGGUACUUCAAAUUCACGAAAGGUCUCAUGAAGCCACCGAUGUCGUCAGCAAGGGGUAAAUUUAGUCCUCCGUGUAUCGAUGACUUGGCCAUCACUAAAUACCUCAACGAUCCAAAGACACAAAAUGAUUUGCACAUUGUUAACUUUCACGAAACUUGGUCCGUCUGCUCAGCUCUUAAUUAUAUUAAGGAGUACGAGAAUGUGUACUAUCAGUUUUCAGAGAUAUUGAAAUCUAAGAAAUAUAAAGUCAUGGUCUACAAUGGCGACGUUGAUAUGGCAUGCAAUUUCCUAGGUGACCAAUGGUUUGUCCAGGCACUCGAAAUGAAAGUUCUAUCAAAUAGGCAGUUCUGGCUAUACACAGACCUUGAAGAUAAAUCUCAGCAGGUGGCUGGGUUUGUCCGUAAGUACCAAAACUUGACCUUCGUCACUGUCAAGGGCGCUGGUCACAUGGUACCUACAGAUAAACCAUACCAAGCACUGAUCAUGUUUACCAACUUCUUAUCUGGGGUCUUUUAAUUCCUCUCUCUCUCUCUCUCUCUCUCGAUCGAUAAAUCAAUCAGUCAAUCAAUCAAUCAAUCAAUCAAUUAAUCAAUCCAUCCAUCCAUCUAUCUACCUCUCUGUUUUUCUCUCUCUCCCUCUCUUUAUCUAUCUCUCUCUGUCUUUCUCUACACAUAUUUAAUUUAUAUUUGUAUAUGUGUGUUGUAUACUUUUAUGCAAAUUUACUUUUUAAUAAAACUAUUUGUGUGUGUGUGUUUGUGUGUGUCUGGCCAACGAAAUUUUCAUUUUCAACACAUUCAACCAUUCAACACAACGAAUUUUCCACACACACACACACACACACACACACACACACACACACACACACACACACACACACACACUACACACACACACACACGCCUAAAAUUAAUCGUUGUUAUAAUUAUUAUUGUUAUCGUUAUUACUAUGAUGCCUUUGAUAACAUUUUUUAUUCAAAUAGAUUAGCGUAUAAAAAAA